AGUAUACAGUAACAGCAACAAACACAGUUAUGACACUGUCAACUAACCCUUAUUUCUUUUUUUAUACCCUUCCCCUCUCUCCUCUCCCAACCUUUCUCUACCUCUCUACACCCCUCCAGGCCAACCAGUGGUGCGACGUCAUCUCCUCCACCUCACCCUCCCCCUCCACCCCCCUCUCCUCCCUCCCUCCCAUUCCGCCAUCUCGUUUUCAGGACGCCCGUGCCUUAGCCUUGGAGCUGGGUGGUGGAGCUCUCCUGGACCUGUGGUCUCAGACCCUUGAGAGAUACCAACGCACUGUGGCCCAGGUCAAACCCAGGCUGCUGCAGCAGGCAGAGCGAGGGCAGAACCAGGGCCAGGCCCGGCCCAAGACCCCCUCCGCCUCCAGUCUGUGGGACCUGAUGGGGCCCGAGGGAGAGGGAGACUGGGGUGUCGGGGCCGGGGGAGGGGAGGGAGGCCUCCAGUCCUGGGGGUCCCUGGCUUCACUGUUUCGCCCACAGACCUGCUCCACGCUGAAGAUAGGAGAGGAGAAAGGGAAUAAGAAGGAGGGAACGGGAGGAGGUGGAGGAGGAGUGGGAGGAGGGAAAUUUCUGCAGAAUCUGUUGCAUUCGGCAAAAAAGAGCCCCACAGAAGCCCCUUUGCCCCCCAAACCCCCCAGGAAGCGUCACCCCAGCUUCGACCUCCAGGCUCUGCUGGCCCCCCGUCGGGGCCCUGCCACCGCCAGGCCUGUAGAGCCUCCUGUGGGUGCAGCCAGCCGUAACUCCCCCCUCACCUGGCUGGGGCGCCGGGCCCUCACAGACCCUGUUAUCGCCGCUGGGAUGGCAGCUGCCGUCCCCGGAUGGAGAGAGGGAGGAGGAGGAGGAGGGAUUGGGGGAGGAAUAGGAGGGGUGCAGGGGGGAUCAGGGGUGCUCAUCAGAGGUGUAGAGGUGAGCAGCAAGGAAGUGGUGGACUACACCGGGACGCCAAGACAACACGUGCUGCUGAGCCGAGCGGAGAGGGAGACGGGAGGGGAGAGGCAGGGCACCACCACUGCACAGAGUAAACUGUACCUAUUGUGGUGCAGGAUGCUGAGUUCAGAGAGGCAGUACGUGGCUGUAUUAAAGGGGGUGGAAGAGACCUACUUGCCCCUCCUGGAGGGUCCAGACACCCCCUCCUCCCUCAGGGGGAAAGCAGAUCUCCUGUUCCCCAAAUGGGCCAACCUCAGCUCCUUCCACUCACAGAACCUCCUCCCAGCCAUGGAGGGAGCUCUACUGCAGAGUCUGCUGCAACAGGACCUCUUCAGUAAAUACAGAGAGGAGUUUCUCCAGUACUCUCACUACAUCAGGAUUAAACCAGAAUUGGACUCCCCGUUGGUUACUCAAGCUGCGGACUUCUUCAAGCUCAGACUCCCGGCCACCCCUCCUCUCUCCCCCCUGUCGUUCCCCCAUUGUCUCCAGGCCCCUACACUGAGACUGGAACAGUACUGCGAUGCCUUGGAAGAGCUUGGAGGGCUAAACCCUGCCUCCGACUCCUCCCUCUCCGUCCUCAGACACGUCCAGCGUCACGGCGAGGACCUCCGGGCCAGCGACCUAAUCGUCGGGUGUCCGGUCCCAGUGGCGGAGCGCGGAGAGCUGGUGCGUCAGGGGGAGCUGUUGGUGUGUGGGGGGACCAGGAGGAAGAAGACAGGGGUGAGGAGUGUGUUCCUCUAUCAGCACCUCAUCAUCUUCACCAAGCAGAAGAGUCCCGGCCCAGGACGCACCGCCUACAGCUUCAAACACAGCAUCAAGACGGGUGAGAUGGGUCUGACCCAGAGUGUCGGUGAGGAAGGGGUGAGGUUCGAGGUGUGGGUGCGUCAGGCCCCUCGUAUCCGGGACUGCCUGACCCUGCAGUGUCAGAGUGGAGAGGGGAGGGCAGCCUGGACACACGACAUCGCUCAGCUCCUCUGGACUCACGCUAUACACAACACAGAGUUGUGUUUGAAAGAGACAAUGUGUAUCGGUGUGUCUAGUAAGAUACUGCUAGACGCCACAGGAGCACCGGUAACAUCUGAACUCGACUCUAUCUACAAUCUGAAUGACAGAGUCCACAGUAGCUGUUCAGACUCUUCCUCUGUUGGCAGUCAGAAGGAAGGGGGGUCCCCAGCCUCUGGGAGGGGACAAACACAGAACCAGUCUCCUUCCACUGCGGUGUAAUUUCCAUCUCAGCAAACAAACAAACUGGAUUCUGGACCUAAUAAAGACCAAAACAACAUCUCUAUGCAAGUCACUGGAGGGGUCAAACUGGACAAGAAGUAAAGGACCAAAGAGGAAAGGGCAUACAGGAAACAAAGAGACAUUACGGCUCUAACUAACCCAGGACCUGGCAUCAGCAGAGCCUGCUCUCGGUGGCCAUGUUGGAUCGGCCGGACCCAGUCGCUCGCCGAGUCAUUGAUACCGUGGACACUCCAGCCACACAGUAGAGCCAUUGUCCUCCUUCAGCGGCUCCCCACUAGGCCAAACCACUCUGCCUGAACCACUGACUGGCGGCCAUGGCCUUCGUGCUUCCACUAUCUCCUAAAACAUACAGGAGCAUUAUAGGAAAUAUAGCUUUAUACUGACUUUAUUGGACAUUAUUAAAAUUUUGCCUUUUACAAUGCUGUUUAAACAGGGAUGUUUUUUGGGGGGGAUGUUAGUACUGUAGAAGUAUUAUAGAUUCUGUGUGGCCGUAUAUGUGGUAUAGUAUAGGCUAGGUGUGAUUGUGAUCUAUGCAAAUUAGUACAUACGGCCCUUCAUGUAUGGGUGCACACAUUACGCAGAGUGUGGAACACACGCAUACACUCUGCAGAGAGUCUUAUUGUGCUAUAGACAGUAGAGUACUGUUCCGACACUGUGGCCAUCUUACAGCUUAGUACAGUAGCUAUAGACCAACCAGUGGGCAGAUAUCAACCAACGACAGGCAUGGCGCCCUACUCUCAGUAGGUCUUUGCCUGGAAGUAAAGAGUAGAAUAAACAUUAACAUGGAAAUGAAAAAUGUCAACAUCUUAUUAUAACCGAACUAUUAAUCUCAGCACUCAGAACCAAAUAAGCUGUUAAAGAGAGACGACCAACGUCUGUAUUUUGAGGUGGUUUGUUCGUGAGGAUGUAAAGCAAGCGGGAAUCUGGGCCAAAUGGUUACAGUGUGUCCAAUUGUUAUUGUUGAUGGUUUAAGGAAAGGUGGUAUCAUGUCUUAUUCAGGCGUAAGGCUUAUGGUAACCGUAUAACUUGUUUUGGUGCCUUAUAGCACUGCUCUGUCUAAAGAUACAGUAGCUAUGGGACUCGAUGUCGUAUUCUCCAUUGGUCUUUUCAAUGACUAUUUGAUUGAAUGAUUUUGUGAUUCCUCUUUUUCAUUAUAAGCCAUAAUGUUGCAAGCACCAAGUGUACAAAUGUUUGAUUUGCUAGCAAAUAUGACGUCGGUUGGGUCGAGUGUGUCAAAUGAGUCAUUUGUUUAUGUCUGAGUCAUGUGCUUAUAACUUUAUAUAUACGUUAUUCAAAAUGAAGGAAAGUGUUCCAUGAAAUGGAGAUGUCUGUUAUACCUGCCGUAUUAUCUUGUUGUGAAUUGAAAGAUUCUUUAUUUUUGAAUGCAGUAUGCACUAUUAGCUUACGCCUCCAACUGUAAUAUAAUACAGUGACAAUGAUACAUCAUUUGAUGAGGUGCUUAUAUUUGUCCUAAUUAACACAUGCCCAAGUGUGUAAUAAUGUGCAUGUGUGAUUUGGAAAUGACAUUUUUUUUGCAUAUCCCAACUCUCCCUGACACCUCAGAGAGUGGGUUCACAGCCGGGGUUGGCCACUAUCAACAGCGACCCUGGGGCAAGUAGGGUUAAGUGCCUUGCUCAAGGGCACAUUGUCAUAUUUUUCACCUUGUCGGCUCGGGGAUUCAAACUAACCAACCUUUCAGUUACUGGCCCAUCACCCUUACCGCUAGGAACCUGCAGCCCUAAUAGAAUACAAUGCAAUACUGUAACAUACAAUCAUAUACACAAGGGUUGAGUUAAUUUACAACUACAAAUAUAAGUAUUAUUAAGUAUAAAAGUUGUGUUUCUAAGCUAGUCAAUUUUGGGAGCAAACUGAAUUUAAAUUGUGUUAUUGUAUGAUAUAAAGGGCACUAACAGAUAGCCUGUAUGCCAGCUAUGUAGGUAGGUUAGUCUGCCUAAUAUACACAGAUGGCAGCAACCCUUGUCUCUCUCAUCAGAUUUCAUGGGUGUCAUAGCAACUCCAUAUCCAAAUUAAAAAAGUGCAAAUGGAUAUUGAACCCAUUGAAUCAAUAUCUAAUUUGUCUGAUUAGGAGGUAUGCAGUACUCAUACAACAGUACUAGCUUGGUGCUGCAGAAUAUAUUGCAUUAUAUUGGGAGCUAUUGUUUUCACCAGGAGAGAAGUCUUAUAAUAUGUCUUCAGAAUAAUGAACACCUUUUUAACCAUCUAGCUGUAGAUUUUCAUAUUCGAAGCGUCUUUUUAUUACGCUUUGACAUGAUUCGUAGUUUUACAUGUAAAUACAACGGGGUUUUUGUUCAAGUGUUUUUUUAAGUGUCAUCUUACCUAUGCAGUUUAUGCCAAAAAUAUACUGAUGUUUACAGUUUCGAAAUAAAUGCUUGUUCUGUUUUUGUUGAAUGUCUGCAUGCUAUACGGUUACAAUGUACUUGAUACGCGUUAUACUUCAAUUGUACUUCAAUUGUACUUCAAUUGUACUUAGAUCAUGUGUACCUUUCUUAUUGAAAUAAAACUGGACGGAAGCCAUUGAAACUCGA